GCUUUUAUUGAACUGACGACCUGUUGAAUGAAGCUGACGGGUGUUUAGCGUGAACACUCAAACCGCAUCAAUGCCGAGCUCUCCGGCGUAAAAUCACUCUGUUGUACAAUGACAGUCUUUCAUUUGGAUGAUUUCUUGGCAGGAUGGAUUGGAGGAGCGUCCAGUGUGAUUGUAGGACAUCCACUUGACACAGUCAAGACUCGUUUACAAGCUGGCAGAGGAUACAGGAACACUCUCCACUGUGUUGUAACAAUCUACAAAAAGGAAAAUGUUACAGGCUUUUUCAAAGGACUGUUCUUUCCAUUGGCCAGCAUCACCCUCUAUAACUCUAUGGUGUUCGGCUUCUUCAGCAACACGCAGCGCCUCAUUAGCAGAUAUCGAUAUGGUGACAGCAGACAGCCAUGCAGCAUGCUUGACUUGACUGUAGCGAGCAUGUUGACUGGUCUGGUUUCAGUGGGGGUGGGUGCCCCUGUUGACCUUGUCAAAAUUAGACUGCAGAUGCAAACCCAACCUGUUCUUGCAGAGAACUUUAACCUUGCUGGGAAUGGGAGUGUCCCUCUCCGGUCAAUGGGAAUUCAGUCCCAGUCAUUGUACAGAGGGCCACUGCACUGCAUUAGUACCGUCCUGCAGAACGAGGGCAUUCAAGGGCUCUACAGAGGCGCGGGAGCCAUGAUAUUGCGGGAUGUACCUGGUUACACCCUAUACUUCAUACCGUACACGUUAUUCUGUAAGUGGCUGAAUCCCGAUGGCAAUGGCCCGCCUCAUCCCUGCUGCAUAUGGUUAGCAGGAGGUUUAGCAGGAUCCAUCUCGUGGGUCACCGCCACACCAACAGACGUGGUGAAAAGCCGGUUGCAGGCAGAUGCCAUGCAGCACAGGAAAUACAAGGGCAUUCUGCACUGCAUCAUGCAAAGUUACAAGACAGAGGGAAUACAUGUUUUCUUUCGUGGAGCUACUGUCAAUGCUAUCAGAGGAUUUCCAAUGUGUGCAACCAUGUUUCUUGGUUACGAGCUUUCCCUUCAGUUUUUCCGCAGUUUCUAGCACAGACUUCCAGAAAUGAUUUUAGGGGAUUCAUGAUUCUAAUGGCAUGUUAGAGACUUACAUGUGGCAUGAACGUGAGUUCAUUGUUGAUACAAUGAAGAGUAUCAGUGCGGGUUUUCUUAUAUUAAGAAAAUAGUGAAAAAUAGGUUUGAAAAUAUUUUGGUUUGCUCAGAUAUUUUAAUAUAUGAUUAUGCAUCAUCUGCAUGUACACUAAUUUCUAUUUUGCUCAAAUAUACCUGUCCUAUUAUACAUGUAUAUCUAUUCUGCAUUUGCAAGUGGUCACAUUUAUACAUUAUCACCUAAUAAACCACUAGCCUUUGCUUGAAUGAGUUUUUAUCUACUUCCCCAUCUUUUUAAAUC